AUGUCAUAUCUUGUGUGUGUGCUCUUAUUUGGUUUAAUGGUGGGAUCAGUUGGUGUUGCUUCAAAUCCGUCACCGUAUUUUGCGGCCAUAGGGCUGGUUAUGGUAUCGGGGGUAGGUUGUGGGGUGUUGAUUUGUUUUGGGGGUUCUUUUUUACCGCUGGUCUUUUUUUUAAUUUAUUUAGGGGGGAUGAUAGUGGUGUUUGCUUUUUCUGCGGCUCUCUCUGCGGAGCCAUAUCCUUAUGGGUGGGGCAAUCGGUCGGUUAAAAUAUAUGUAGCGGCAUAUGUGCUUGGGGUCGGAUGUGCGUGGAAGGUGUUAUUAGGGAAGUGAAGUGGGUUUUGAGGGGGGAUUUUAGAUGAAUCGGGGGAGUUGCUUGUGUUGCGGGGGGAUAUAAUAGGGGUUGCUGCGAUACAUGAUGUGGGAGGUUGAAUGUUAGUGUUGGGGGGUUUGGGCCUGUUGCUCACUUUAUUUGUUGUGUUGGAGCUGGUUCGAGGUGUAAGUCGGGGAGGGCUACGGACGGUCUAA